GCGGCCGCUCCGGAGAGGCGAGAGGGAGCGGCCCCGAAAUGGCCCGGCGAGCGGGCGCUUUGGCGGUGGGCGCCCUACGCGUGGGACAGCCCCGGGACGAGUAGCUGGCCGACGCCAGAUGGACCUUGAUCCGCGCCGCGGCACCGCGUUCGUGCCAAGCCAAGACUAGAAGGGCACGGGCGGAGCGCGCUCUGGGGGCGCCCGGAGUUCCAGGCCCCGCUCGCCCGCCGGGCCAUGAAGAUGAUCCUGGUGCGCAGAUUCCGCGUGCUCAUCCUGAUGGCGUUCCUGGUGGCCUGCGCGCUGCACAUCGUGCUGGAUCUGCUGCCCAAGCUGGAGCGGAGCGGAGCGCAGCCCUCGGGGGAACCCGGCUGCUCCUGCGCGCAGCCCGCGGCCGAGGCGGCGGCACCCGGCUGGGCCCAGGCGCGCGGACGCCCGGGGGAGCCCCCGGCAGCAGCCUCCGCCGCCGGCGACGCGGGCUGGCCCAACAAGCACACACUGCGCAUCCUGCAGGACUUCAGCUCCGACCCUUCCUCCAACCUCACGUCCCACUCGCUUGAGAAACUGCCACCCGCAGCCGAACCGGUCGAGGGCGCCUUGCCGGGGCAGGAUCCCGGCGCCCUGCGACCCUUAGACCCCGGUCACCGGCCGCUGCUCAGAGGCCACGGGACGCGUGGACCUGUGCCGCCCCCCGGCCCGAGCGGGGACGGCUCCCUCCUGGCCAGGCUGUUCCAGCACCCACUGUACCAGGCAGCCAUUCCGCCGCUAACGGAGGACGAUGUCCUCUUCAACGUGAACAGCGACAUCAGGUUCAACCCCAAGGCGGCGGCGGCGGCGGAGAACCCAGACUGGCCACACGAAGGUCCUGAGGAUGAAUUCCUACCCACAGGGGACACGGCCGUGGACUCCUAUCCCAACUGGCUCAAAUUCCACAUCGGCAUCAACCGCUAUGAGUUGUACUCUCGACACAACCCAGCUGUGGAGGCCCUGCUGCGUGACCUCGGCGCCCAGAAGAUCACCAGUGUUGCCAUGAAGUCGGGGGGCACACAACUCAAGCUCAUCAUGACCUUCCAGAACUACGGGCAAGCACUGUUCAAACCCAUGAAGCAAAUGAGGGAGCAGGAGACGCCCCCUGACUUCUUCUAUUUCUCCGAUUACGAGAGGCACAAUGCAGAGAUCGCUGCCUUCCACCUGGACAGGAUCCUGGACUUCCGCCGGGUCCCUCCCGUGGCUGGUAGGAUGGUCAACAUGACCAAGGAGAUCCGGGACGUCACGCGGGACAAGAAGCUGUGGAGAACCUUCUUCAUUUCCCCAGCCAACAACAUCUGCUUCUACGGGGAGUGCUCUUACUACUGCUCCACGGAGCACGCCCUGUGCGGGCGGCCAGACCAGAUCGAGGGCUCGCUGGCCGCCUUUCUGCCUGACCUGGCCCUGGCCAAGAGGAAGACCUGGCGGAACCCCUGGCGACGCUCAUACCACAAGCGCAAGAAGGCAGAGUGGGAAGUAGACCCUGACUACUGCGAGGAGGUGAAGCAGACGCCCCCCUACGACAGCAGCCACCGCAUCCUGGACGUCAUGGACAUGACCAUCUUCGACUUCCUCAUGGGAAACAUGGACCGCCAUCACUACGAGACCUUCGAGAAGUUUGGGAACAAAACGUUUAUCAUCCACUUGGACAAUGGGAGAGGGUUUGGAAAAUACUCCCACGACGAGCUUUCCAUCCUGGUGCCUUUACAGCAGUGCUGCAGGAUCAGGAGGUCCACGUACCUGCGGCUGCAGCUCCUGGCUAAGGAGGAGUACAAGCUGAGUCUGCUGAUGGCCGAGUCCCUGCGUAGGGACCGCGUGGCCCCCGUCCUGUACCGGCCGCACCUGGAGGCUCUGGACCGGCGGCUGCGCGUCGUGCUGCAGGCGGUCAGGGACUGCGUGGAGAAGAACGGGCUGCCCGGUGUCGUGGAGGACGACCUCAGCCCCGAGCACAGAGCCUCUGCUGGGAGGUAGUGACCGCAAGCCGUGGCCAGGCCAGCUGCCGGGGCACACGGGCCAACGCAGGAGCGGACGGGCUGCCCGGGGACGCGUGUCCUCACUUUCCAGACCAGGGCGGGCCGGCGGGAGCGCACUCCGCCCCCGUGGACAGAGGCGGCCUGGCGGCGGCCCACCACCCUUUUGUAUGGAAAGGAAGCCUUUACUUACUAUUUUGUAUUUAUACCUGGUGUAAAUGUACAUAAAUAGAGACAUCUAUGCAGACCCCGACCACCCAGCAAGUCACACGGAGGGCCACCCGGCAGGGCCAAGUGCCCCUGCGAAGGGCUCCCCCUCUGGACCGAACGUACAGUAAAAACUCUCCUCCCUGCCUGGGGCUGAGGUGUCUGGGGCUGCAGGAGGCUCCUGAGGCUGUCAUGGACUCCCGUCGACAGAUGAACACCGUGUAGCUUUCGGGCGACGUGAAGGACCAAUCGUUACCUGGCUGCCCAGGCUGCCUCGGGGCACCUUCUGACUUGCUUCGGAAGCCUGUGCACGUGUGUGACUCAGUCAUGUGGCCGGGCAGCUGGUUACUUUCACGGCAUCUUCGUGGAAGAGUUUGCAAUGUGGUAAAGGUGCAAUAAAGAUUCAGCAAGUGUGUGCUGGGGCCUCGCUGGGGUCUGGGUCCCUCA